AUGAAACCUACUGCGUCGUCCCUCGUCACGUCACAAUUCACCAGAAAUCUGUCAAGAUCACACGUAUUGUCACUAUAUAAUUGGGCCAUGGAUACACUGUCUACAACAGCUCAAGAUGACAGUUCAGGUGCAAAUCCCAGCAGUGUCAAAAGCGAUGACAGCAGCCCACAACGUGAGAGUGGUGCUGGCUCACCACCACCAAAUUGUGCAAUAUGCCUUGGCACCUGCAGAAACAAGUCAUUUACAGAUUCGUGUCUACAUCAGUUUUGCUUUUCAUGUCUUCUUACUUGGAGUAAAGUUAAAGCAGAGUGCCCACUUUGUAAACAAGCCUUCCGAUCAAUAAUUCACAAUGUACGCUCCAAUCACCAAUAUGAGGAGUAUUUGGUGGUGCAGCGCCAGACUGAGGAAUCCAGCAGUAGGAUUGAUAUUGACAGAGUCACUGCUGCUACUCAUCGAUUUCGAUACAGGACAACGCUAACGUUGCCGCGGAGGGAGACGAUUGCGAUUCAGCAGCUGUUGCGCCACUACCCGUUCAUGGCGGACGUGUUCCCACCCGCCGUACGCGCCCCACCGGCGCGACGCCGCCGCUCGCCCGCCUCCUUCCGCCGCACCGUGUAUCGACACAACCUGUGGGCGCGCCCCCUACCUGACUUCACCGGACGAUUCAGAGACUGCUCGCCCGACUUCUAUAGUUACAAUAACACACAGAUGCAUCGGCUCGUUCCAUGGCUAAAUAGGGAACUUCAUUAUUUGUUGAAUGAGAAUGUAGGUCACAUAUCCUAUGUAAUAGCUCGUAUAUUGGAACUAUUACCCCAAUAUCACAUCAGUUCGGUAGAAUUUAGAGAAGCUAUGCAGCGGUAUUUUGGAGACAGAACUGAGCACUUUUUGCAUGAACUGUAUUGCUUCGCUUCCACUCCUUAUGAUAUGGCGGGAUACGACCGCAACGUGCAAUACACCACUGACACUAGAAUAUCGACCAUGGUCAACGAGGUUAUUUCAAGCUCCGACUCCGAGGCGACUGUUGACUCUGAUAUCGUUAUGAUAUCGAGUUCGGGACCCGCCGACCCGCCCCCGGGACCCUCGAGGGUUCCUGCGCCUGUUUACCCCCAAAGUUUUAUUUCACAACCUACCACAAGCAAUAGCAUCAUUCCAAUAGAAACCAUAUCGCAGUCUGACACAGACGACGACUCGUCGGAGGUCAUGGUCGUAGGUUACAUUAAGCCGCCGCAGGAUAGAACUCCUGAGAUAGUGGAUCUCCUCGGUUCAGACAGUGACGUUAUCGUGCAAGAGAAUACUGACCCGCCUACGAACCCUGUGAAAGUGACAUUAAAAAGACAUAGGGUCCGAGACUCGGAGAGCGACAGCUCGUUCGUUUUGAGUCCGCCGCGCCGGCGCCGACGCCGUCGCAGCGACGACUCCACCACAAGUGAUAUGUCACGCAGCACGCCCGAGAAGGACCCCGAACGCCGUAGCAUGCCCUUGUACUUAAAGAGCACCACCGAGUCGGAGUUCUCCUCCACCGAUGACGAGCCCAGACCUAAAAAUAAAAACAAAAAAAGAUCACGCACUGCCGCUAAGGACAGGAGAAGAAAUGAUAAACGACCGGCGCAGACGCAUCACAAGGAGAGUAAAAAUGAAGCGAAUUUGGAAACGGAUAAACGAAACGGACGGAAGUCGCUCUCUGGAAAAGGAGUAAAAUCCUCGAAUAAAAACUCAACUUUGCCUCCCGACCAAUCGGUACCUGACGCAAGGAGUCGCUCUGUUGGCGCACUAUCGGACCGGGCUACAUCUCGGGAACGAUCGCCACUGCGGACUCCUGAAAGGCCCUUAGUUCCCGAACGAAUAUCACCUGAGCCAAGCACGAGUGCAUUAGAUCAACCCAGCACUAGUAGUAUGAUGACUAACCAAAAACGCAAAUCCAGUAAGGAACGGAAGCAGCGAAGGCGUCAGAGCCGCGAGAACAGAAGACUGAAGAGUGUUGUUAAUGUUAUACAUAGUAGUCAUAGAAAUACUGAAGAAUCUAAUUCAAGUGCAUAUUAUAGUAAUAUCCCGAGUGUUAGUGUAACUACUGAUAACUUUAUGUCCGAUUCUGAAUCGGUUCCAGGCGUUAGUGAUGCUCGGUCCGACAGAGCAGAAGAAUCGUCUAACAGCCCUCGCCCAAACAUACUCACAUCACUAGAAACCAAGCAAGCCCAUAGCUCAUCAGAUUCUGAAGAUAACUUACCAUUGAAUCUUACCUUACAAAAGAAAACUCCACCGGCUUUGACUUGA